CAAUACAUAGGUGGCAGGAUGGAGAGACAUCAGCUAAACCAAAGAAGGGAUAAGAGAUGGACUCCAGUGGUGGUGAGGGGGACGGGUAUCGUUCUCACAUCCAUGGAGACCACGAGAGGAACACGGAGUGGAGGUUCGGCUCUCCUCCCAACUACGAUCUCGUGAACAAGCUCUUCGAAGAAGGCCGAACGAAGGUAUGGGAAGCAGGGUCCUUGGAAGAGAGAGUGCAGCACUUGGUGAAGACAUGGGAGAUGGAGAUGUUCCACAAGAGACGAUUCCAAGACUACAAAACCGUGAAUCCGGAUAACUACACCUUCAGCCUCAAUGGGCGAAGACCGAUAACGCUAGAACAGAAGCGGAAGUUGGGAGGCGGCUACAACUCGCUGCUGCAGACGUCGCUGCCGCAAGGCCUGCGCGUGUACGACCCGUCGAGGGAGACGAUGGAGUCAUCUCACGCCGCCUUCACCACGGCGUUUCCUCGUGGGUUCGCGUUGGAGGUCGUCCAUGUCUACAGCGGCCCGCCGGGGAUCGUGUACAAGUUCCGGCACUGGGGCUUCAUGGAGGGGCCUUUCCAAGGCCAUGCACCGACGGGGGAGAUGGUGGAGCUCUAUGGGAUGGCAAUAUUUCAAGUCGAUGCGGACAUGAAGAUCGAGAAGGUGGAGUUCUUCUAUGAUCGUGGUGAGCUACUCGGUGGCCUCCUCAAGGGUGCGAAGAUGGAGGACGCAGGACUGCCCGCUUCAAGCUGCCCAUUCUUGAAGAAUGUUUAGAAUGCACACGGAUAAGUAUCAGAGAUUAUGAUGCUGUCAGUCAUGCUAUAAGAAUAUAAUGUCUGUAUAAGAAUACAGAGAUCAUGCUAUAAGAAUAUAAUGAGAAUAAACACAAGAAAUCCUCACUUGCGACAAAAA